UUUCAUUUUCGCUGUUUCGCACCAUUUCUUACCAUUUCUGUGUUCCGAUCAGAAUCUCGUAACAGAAGGCCGAACUGAACAACUAUCGAGACCCGCCGACCACAAACUUGUUGUCCUAACUUUCUCUCUGUUCGUCAUCGGAAUUUAUUGGGAGGAGAGAGAGAAGGACAAGAAGCAGCGGAAUAGAUCCGAGGAGAUUGUCAAAGCAGUCAGAAGGAGGAAGAUGGGAGAUAUUUGGACAUGGCUCAUCUCCUUCUUCUUCCUCAUCGCUCUUGUCGGAAUCAUCGUCUAUCAGCUUGUUUGCUUAGCGGAUCUCGAGUUUGAUUACAUCAACCCUUACGACUCUGCGUCGAGGAUAAAUUCGGUGGUUUUACCGGAAUUCAUUGUUCAUGGAGUUCUAUGUGUGUUCUUCCUCUUUACAGGACACUGGUUCAUGUCACUUCUAUGUCUUCCUUAUCUCUACUACAACUUUCAACUUUACUCAAAACGACAACACUUGGUAGAUGUCACCGAGAUCUUCAAUUUGCUUAACUGGGAAAAGAAGAAACGGCUGUUCAAGCUUGCUUACAUAAUCCUUAAUCUCUUCCUCACUAUCUUCUGGAUGAUUUAUUCGGCGCUGGAUGAUUACGAGGACUGAUGGAGAAGACUCGGUCCAUCUUCUUCGGUUGUUCAUCUGAUUGACACUGCGCUAGAAAGAUACAGCUCCGUGCUCCUUUGACAUGAAGAAAAUGAAAGAACAAAGCGUUUGCGUUUGUUCCCGGUUUGUGAUGUUUGUAAGAUUAGUGGCAGAAAGAUUUGUGUAUUUUUUUUUUUGCCUUUGUUAGAAACAUUUUCAGAUCCUGAUUUUCAACUGUCCACUAUGUCUGAUCAUCAUUUGUAAAAGCAAAUCAA